AUCUAAUAAGAUGGAAAUCUAAAAUCCCCUUCGUUCUCACAGAGGUGGACCUCUCCUCUAUCGUGGACGCGUUGUUGUCGCUCGUUCACUCUCACAGACCCUCGCACAAGCCUCUCUCGUUCUCGUUCUCGUUCUCGCUCUUGUAGAUCCUCGUUCGUUCUCACUCUCGAGCUCUCGAGCUUCUUCUCUGGGUUUAAUUCAAAGCGUUGGAGUUUUUGAAUUUGUUGGUUCAUGUGCAGCACCAGCCCCAAACUCCUGCUCAAUCCUCGUAUGGCUUCAUAUGUAUCCAUGGUGGCAUCGUUGCACUUGCACAUAAGAAGAAUCGUCUUUAGGAACGCACAUCCCAGACUUCACUCAACACUCACUAAACCCCAGUUCAAGGCCCUCGUUCUCGACCACUACUCCCAUGGCAAGUUCUCCAACCUUAUCCAAAACAUCGUCGCUUCGCCCCCUGUCCUCCACACCGCAUGCCAAAACCUCUCCCCCUCCUUUCCGCCCCCGGACCGCUUCAGCAUUCCGGCCACGUGCCGGGAGCUCCUCGAAAACCGCUUCGACGUGGCAUCAUGCUGCCUCACACUAACUCCCUCUUUCGUUUUGCCCAACUUGAAGCUCAAGGUCGUCAUUGAGGCCAUUCGAAUGGUUCUGGAAAUCGUCUACGACGACCGCUUCGUCACCUUUUGCUAUGGUGGCCGCGUCGGAAUGGGACGACACACCGCCAUAAGGUACUUAAAAAACUCCCUCGAGAACCCUACUUGGUGGUUCACUGUCAGGUUCAAGCCUCACAGGUUUCAACAUUUCCAUGUCGAGAAGCUCUGUUCUGUUAUUGAAAGCAAAGUCAAGGAUUCCAUUUUCAUUGAUUUGAUAAAGAGGUUGUUUCAAUGUAAGGCUUUGGUCAUUGAAUUGGGUGCAGAUUGGUUAGGAAGGGGACUUCCUCAGGAAUGUGGCUUGUGCUCCAUUUUGAUCAAUGUUUAUUUUGAUGCCUUUGAUAAAGAGAUUCAAGAGAUGCGUCUUCGGGAGAAUCGAGAGAACCGGGAAUUGGAUCCGAAGAUUAUUGCUUCGGGUUUGUAUUCUGAUGUGUUUUACAAGCCGGUGAAGGUGUAUGCGGUGAGGUACUUGGAUGAGAUACUCCUUGCCACAUCAGGGUCCAAGAUGUUGGCCUUGGAGUUGAGGAUGGGGGUUGUCAAGACUUUGGAACUUGGAUUGGGUUUGCGUGUUGAUAAGGUGAAUACCGCUAUUCAUAGCGCGGUGUCGGAGAAGAUUGAGUUUCUUGGGAUGGAAUUGCAGGCUGUUCCGCCUUCCAUUUUGCGCCCGCCAAUGUCGGAGAAAGCAAUUAGGGCACGGAAGAAGUACCUCAGGCAGAAGGAAGUCAGGGCUCUUGAAUUGAGAAAUGCUAGAGCAAGGAACAGAAGGAAACUGGGGUUGAAGAUAUUUAGUCAUGUUUAUAAAAAGUUCAAGCAAAGUGAUGGGUUUAAAUUUGACUUUAGUAUUGAAAACCAGGUCCGAGAAAUUUUUAGAUCUUGGGCUGAUGAAGUAGUGCAAGAGUUCUUGGGGAAUAUAGAUGAGUGUCAAGAAUGGCAUCGAAGUCUAUCAGCUGGUGAUUUCCUACAGUUGAGACACAUUAGAAAUCAAUUACCACCUGAGCUUGUUGAUGCUUAUGAUAAGUUCCAAGAGCAGGUAGAUAAACAUUUGAAUCCUAUAGAAGCUAGGAAGGCGAUAGAGGAAGAAGAAAGAAGAGUAAAGGAAGAAGAGGAACAAAAUUAUUCAAAAGGAACAGUUGAGGAUUUAACAAAGCUAUGUAUGAAAGUUGAGGCACCCGAAAUACUCAUAAGAAAGGCUGUGAAGUUGGUUGGGUUUACAAAUCAUAUGGGUCGUCCAAGGCCAAUUGAAUUUCUUGUUGCACUUGAGGAUGCCGAUAUUAUCAAGUGGUAUGCUGGCAUAGCAAGAAGGUGGCUUGAUUAUUUCUGCUGUUGCCACAACUUCAAGACAGUCAAAACUAUUGUAACUUAUCAUUUAAGGUUCUCCUGUAUCUUGACAUUAGCAGAGAAGCAUGAAUCCACCAAGCGUGAAGUGAUAAAGCAUUUCAGCAAAGAUUUGAGAGUCUAUGAUAUGAAUGGAAAUCAUGAAGUGUAUUUUCCUACAGAAAGAGAGGUUAAGAUGAUGGGAGAUAGAAAUCUUUCUGAUCCAAAACCAGUAGAUGGAGCUUUAUCUUUGGCUGUAGUAAGGUUGGCAUCUGAUGAGCCUCCAUGUCAUUGCAUUGCCCAUUUCUGUGACAAGACAACUACCGUCUUUUAUCGGGUCCAUUUGCUGCAAAACAGAUUGAAUGUCAGCCCAUUGGACAAAGAAAAAUGGGUACAAGGGAUGGGUGUAAUUCAUGAAAGCCUAAACCUUCUUGUGGUCGUGAAUUGGUUUUAGCAUGUGUUUGGAGGAGACAGGGUCGGUCAUAGGCGUUGCAGCUGGAUUGGCUAGGAACAUUGUGACAGGAAUGGUGGAAGGAACUGUAAUGAUGGUUGGUGCAUGUGAAGGUGCGAUGAGUGGAGUAGGAUUUGUGGGGAAAAUUGAGGUUGGUGAGUUGUUUGUGUAUUGUAGAAUUAUUCGGGUUAGGCACUUCACUGCCCAGGUAAUUUGACAUUUGUAUCUUAUGUUCUAAUGGAUUUUCAAGAUUUAUCCAAUAGGCUUGUUACCCCAUUCCCACAAAGUAAUAAAAUAUUUAGCUGUUUUUCUUUGUAUAUGGCUGGCUGAUUAUCAUGUUAGUAAAUAUUUGUUCUAAUGGCUUUUCAAGAUUUAUCCAAUAGGCUUGUUACCCCAUUCCCACAAAGUAAUAAAAUAUUUAGCUGUUUUACUUUGUAUAUGACUGAUUAUCAUGUUAGUAAAUAUUUGUUGCGUCUCAAUUAAAAAUUAAGGCCAAGUACUGAUUUUGCAUUUUAAAGUAUUUCAAGGAUUUGAAUAAGAACUAAGAUGAUAUCCUAACUGCAUUGUGAACAAUUCUGAUAUCCUCUGUAAGAUACUACCCAUAUCCAAUUUCUGAAUUCUGAUAACAUUCCUUUUAUUAUAUUGUAAAUGGUUUCGUAAUUCCUUCCUAAUAUAUCAACAGGAGUUCAGCGGGUUGCAUUGUCUACUGCUGCAAAUAUGUGCAAGAAGCUUCCUUAGAUGCAGCUGAUUUUGUGAUGGAAGUUGUUUCUCUUCUGACAAACCUUCAGUACCAUGAUUCCAAGGUUCUGGAGCACGCCUCUGUCUGUUUGACUCGAAUAGCUGAAGCUUUUGCGUCAAAUUAGAUGAAUUGUGCAACCAUGGACUUGUAACACAAGCUGCCUCCCUCAUAUCUAACAGCAGUUCUGGGGGUGGUCAGGCUUCUCUCAGCACGCUGACAUAUACUG